AUGAACGGAAAUAAUUUGCCGGGGUGGUCGGUGCCGCCUCUUUAUACUGGUGGAUAUAAUGAACAGGGUGUGGAGGAGCAUAAUGCGCCGGCCAAUGCGCCGGUCAAUGGGUAUUUAGCGCCUGCUCCCAACCCAGGCCUACCAGUGUCUCAGUUGCCGCCUAUGCCUCCGCCUACUUUUGGCGCAUACAAUGUCCCAUGGGCAUACCCGAGCAACAUUCCCGAAAAUGGUCCUAAGGGAACGGUACCGCCUAUGCCUUUCCUUAACACAGGAUUCUUUAAUCCCGCAAUGGGCAUGCCCCCUCCGUUUCCCAUGAUGCCUUUCAACGCCAUGCUUCCCUUCCAGGGUGCGCAGUCCAUGAGCACAAUAGCCUCACCUCGGAGAGCAAGAUCCGGGACGCCACCCGUGAUGAUACCUGUCCCUGAAAAGGCCUACUUGAAGACGGCAUCAAAAGUCCCGCGAAGACGCAACUCUCCUCGACCUCUCCUGAUCAUCCUCGACCUAAAUGGUACUCUCAUUCUCCGCAAACACAAGAGGUUACCACCCAGCUUCGCCCGGCGCUCCGGUCUCGGCGAGUUUCUAGAAGAGUUAGUAAGGAAACAUUCCGUAAUGGUGUGGUCCAGCUCAAAACCUCAAACCGUCAACGCCAUCUGCGAGAGACUCUUCCCAGGCGACAAAGCAAAUGCGCUCGUGGCGCAAUGGGGACGAGAUAAAUUCGGCCUCACGAGCGCACAAUACAACUCAAAACUUCAAGUCUACAAAGAACUUCACAAGGUCUGGAAAGACCGCAAAGUCCAAUCCGCAUACCCGGGGAACAACCCCACAGACAGCGAAUUCCCCCCAGGUCACUGCUGGGACCAAAGUAACACGAUCCUAAUCGACGAUAGCAAACUCAAAGCUCUCAGCGAACCAUACAAUAUCCUCGAAAUCCCCGAAUUCAUAAAUAACCCCUCCAUCGACGAAUCAACACUUUUCAAAAAAGUCCUCGCUAGACUCGAAUACCUCUCCUACUACGACGACGUGAGCAAGGUAUUCCGUGAAUGGAACGAGCAGGCUACGAACGAGAAAUGCUCUAUCCUCGAAACACACCUGCCUCAUCUUAAAGAAGAUUGUCCUGUCGAAGUCUAUGAUGAUGAAGACGGCGGGGUCAGUUUACGCCAGAUCUCUCCGGGCAAGCAGGCUCGCGCUAAGGAAACACUGGCACUAUCACAGAAUACUGUCCAAGAGGGAAUCAAACCAGAAGGGAAGAAAAAGGCGAUACGCGCCUCCCAGAAGGAGCGCAAGAGGCUUGCAAAAGCGAGGGAGGCAGCGCUGGCGGCUGCCAAUGCCAAUAACAAUGCCGAUGCCAACGCUGAUCCCGAAGUUGAAGCCAAGGUCCCAGCAGCCCCAGCUUCUAACGAGACUGCGGUCUCAAAAGAUCCAACUCCCAAUCCCAACCCCAACCCCGACAAGAAAAAGAAGAAAAAGAGAAAGAAGGGAAAGAAAGAAAAGCUCCCCGAACCAGAAGUCAGUUCUGAACCGACUGGUUCACGGUCUAAUAUCCGCCCACAGGGCCGUGCAGAGGUAACAGAGCCGACAGAGAGUUUGGAGAUGAUCCCGGCCGUGGAACAUGAGCCUAGACCUAUCGAUUCCUCCGAUCUGGUCAUUAACUCCAUCGAGGCAAAUUCUAUCUCUCAACCUUCAAGAGAUCUUUCAAAGGAUACACCCCUUUCUUCCCGCCCGCGCUCACCGUCUUCCGCAUCCGAUACUGGAUCUAAUAACUCGUUGUUAGAUCGGUUGGAGGAGGGACUUGGUUUUCCGAGGUAG